UCUGUGCGACACAUCCGGGCCACAUUCAGGGGUGUCACUCAAGCCUGCGAAGAUGGCGACUACGGGCAGAAAUACACUCCUGUCGGUUAGCACAAAUGUAAAUAACAGCACUUCCGAAAGCCAAAACCCUGAGGAUGAUGACGGGCAGAAUUUAUGGUCAUCGAUAUUGAGUGAAGUGUCGACGCGAUCCCGGUCAAAAUUACCGUCGGGAAAGAAUGUACUGGUUAUGGGUGAGGUGGGGUCUGGUAAGACCACCCUGGUGGCCAAACUACAAGGUGUAGAGGAGUAUAUGAAGGGGCGGGGAUUAGAGUACCUGUAUUUCAGUGUUCAUGAUGAAGACAUUGAAGAUCAUGCACGAUGUAACGCGUGGGUACUGGAUGGAGACCUGUAUCACAAAGGCUUGCAAAAGUUCGCUGUGUUGACAGAGAACCUUGCAGACUCGCUGGUUCUGUUCAUAGUGGAUCUCUCCCGGCCGUGGCUGGCCCUUGAUUCACUGCAGAAAUGGGGCAGCGUGGUGCGGGAUUAUGUGGACAAACUCCGAGUGCCUCCUGAAACCAUGAGGGAGCUGGAGCACAGUUUGGUCAAACAGUUCCAGGAGUAUACGGAACCGGGAAGUGAUUUGGACAGUGUACCUCAAAGAAGGAAUCCUGAAUCGGAAGAAGAGAGCAUCCUGCUACCCCUGGGGGAAAACACACUCACACACAACCUGGGCAUUCCUAUAGUGGUUGUCUGCACUAAGUGUGAUGCGAUCAGCACUUUGGAGAAGGAGCACGAUUAUAAAGACGAGCACUUAGAUUUCAUCCAGUCUCACAUCCGACGCUUCUGUCUUCAGUAUGGGGCGGCACUACUCUACACAUCUGUGAAGGAGAACAAAAAUCUAGACGUGUUAUAUAAAUACCUCGUUCACAGGUUAUAUGGCUUUCCCUUCAACAUCCCAGCUCAGGUGGUGGAGAAAGACUCAGUGUUUAUUCCAUCAGGAUGGGACAAUGAAAAAAAGAUUGCCAUCCUGCAUGAAAAUUUCCAGACAGUAAAAGCAGAUGACAACUUUGAAGAUGUAAUAGUGAAACCUCCCGUUAGAAAGUUUGUACAUGAGAAGGAAGUUCAAGCUGAAGAUGACCAAGUAUUUCUAGUAAAGUUGCAGUCUCUGUUAGCCAAACAGCCUCCAGUCACUGCAGGAAGACCAGUGGACCCAACAAACAGAGCCCCCACAGGCUCGCCAAGGACGACCAACCGUUCAGCCGCGGCCAACGUGGCUAACGUCAUGCCCAUUCAAUCAGGUACCAAGAAGAUUGAUCCCAACAUGAAAGGAGGACAGACCAGCGAGGGUGUGCUGGCCAACUUCUUCAACAGUCUGCUGACUAAAAAAGCAGGCUCGCCUGGCCCAGGCGGCCAGCCCGCAGGGGGAGGAGGUAACACACCGGGAACAGUUCGCAAGUCAGAUCUUUGACGGUCAGUGACGGCUCCAAACUGGGCUUGACAGAUGUCCAAGCUGAGCUGGACCGGAUCUCCAACAAGUCUGACCUGGACUCCUCAGCCCCUAAUGCUACCACGCCCCCUGCUGAAAACGAUGAAUCCUGAAUGGGAUGCGGGGUUUAUUUACUGUCAGGCCCCUCCCAUAUACACUGCUCUCCCCGCCCCGGCCACCUCUCCUCCCUUCCUCUCCCUUGCUCUUUCUCUUGCUCUUGUUCAGAGGGGGGAUUUUUUCCCGUUUAAUCCUAGUACGGACACUGACUUGAAGCUGCAUGUUGGACAAAUGAUGCUAUGUCUGUCUCCGCACACACGCGCACAUGUAAAGCGGAGACAGACAGACUGAAUGAGAGCUGAUGUAGUAAUGAAGGACACUAGAUCAGUUAUGGACACUAAAGAGAGAGGGAUUUAGGAUGUAGAGCCAAGUCAGAAGUAGAAAGUAAGGGGGGUGACUUUGUUUAUAUGUAUGCAAGUUAGUUUUCUUGGACUUUUGGUUGUAACUUAUCUUCUUGUAAGAGGAUCCUUGUAUGUCUACCGUGAAUGUCACUUCGGCUUCUGACAAACGCACAUUUUUCUUCUCUAAACGACUAAACGUCUUAUCAAGCCUCAUUUAAACAAAACGUAAAAAAUAAAGGGAAGCAUCGCAUUUUAUUCGCAGUAGCAAAAGAGAAAAAGAUUGAUAGUUUACCAAGAAAUGACGCAUGUCAUUCCAAACCUGUGUGCUGUUUUUACAUGGAGUACAAAUACAGAAUGAACGAAUCUUCUUGCAGCUCCUUUCCAAACACAGCCAAAAGCUCAAAAAAGGACAAAAGCUUGACAGAUGUAGUUUGUAUUAAUGUUGUUCUAUUAAUAAAACGUUAAUUAAUAUAAUGUUCUCCUAUAUGAGAACAAACAUACUGACACAAUUUCACUACUUUAUUUUCAAUUAUUCUUAACCUCUAAUGGUUUUAUUGCUGCUGAGAGACUGUCAGGUUAAAGUCAUCCCCUGUAAGCCGCUGCGUAUCUAAAUAUUGCACUAUUACACAAUAGUAGGCAGUGACACUGAAAAUGUUCUCUUACAAUGCGUUUAUUGCAGAAAAACCAAGACACUUUAUUGGCCAAUGCAGCAUAGAGAGGUUUUAACUUGAACGGUUUAUGAAGUCACCUGGUCAUACAAAAGCUUAAGCUUUGAGCAUUUAUCAUUGAGCGUACACUGCUGAUGGGACUGACAACUAUGUUUAUGUAAAUUUUUGUUUGUUUUCUACGUUUAUAAGAGCUUUUGAAAAUUGUAUGUUCCUGUGUGUAUGUAUGUCUUCAAUGCUCAACUACAGGCAGUUAUGGCGCUGUUCAUUAAUGGAUGCGCUCAUGCACACACGAGCAGUAUUACUGUCUUAUCAUUGGUGUAAGUGUGAGUGUUCAGGUGUUUAUGAGCUAAAUAAGUAAAUAAUUUCAGCAGGAGACUAAGCGGAAUUGUCUGUUGUAACGGCUAGAAAUUAGUAAAGGGAGGGGAGGGGUGGAGACGCAGAGGUGGCUGGGCAGGUGAGAUCUGAGAUCAUCAUCACCUGCAUGUACAGUCAUCAACCAAACUACUUAGGAGAGGGAGGGUUCAAAAUAAACAUACGCUAAUAUGGUCCUGUAAUUUCACAAGAUGUAGUGAUGUUUCUCUGGAUCAGGUCUGUAAUCAUUCUAUUAAAGUUGUAUUUAUUGGGAAUGGC